AUGGCAAUGCUGCAAAUUCUUCCCACCAGAGGGAACCAAUGCAACAAGUUUCCUCUUCUUUUUCUCAUCACAUUACUUUUGUAUACCUGUCAGGCAGCAACGGAACAGGUUGAACUACAACCUGGUGCGGUGACUUCGAAAUAUACCACAUCAUGUAAUCAGUAUAAGUAUUUCAAAAUCAAAGUCAGCAAUCCUUGCGUCAAUGUGCGAAUUUUGGUUUAUGCUCUGGGGGGAGAACCUAACCUAUACGUCAGCAAAGAUCCUGAUCAGUACCCUACCGUUCAAAGUCUUGCCUGGUCUUCCUAUAACUGGGGAACAGAAAAUAUAACCAUACUGGCAUCGGAUCCCAAUUUUUCAACUGGAAUGCUGUACAUUGGCGUUCAUGCUUACUGUGGCCAAGAUGUAGCGACAUUAUUUACCCCUGCAACAUAUCAAGUCUCUGUACAGUUUAAUACUCCAUCAACGUCAGAAUACUUACCAUUAAAUCAGUUAUAUUCGUCUAUCCUACAAGCUAACAAGUAUAUGUAUUACAAAUUUUGCAUUCCUGAUGACUGUACAAAUGUGAAUGUGAAAUUACAAAAUUGCAUCAAUGCUACCACUUGUCCAAAUACAUACGCUUGGCCUGAAAUGCUAAUAUCCAAUCUUGUCAGAACACCCACAUUACAAGAUAGGACUUGGAAAUUAGCUGAAGUCAGUCGAAGGAAUAUAGCGUUAAAUCAUCAGCAACCUAACGUUAGAGCUGGCCAUUAUUAUGUUGGUAUUUAUGGUUGGUGUACUCCAAAUAAGUUUUGCUCUGAUAAAUCUACAUGUGGUCCUUGUGAUAACUACAAUAAUGGAAUUCAGUUCAACCUUCAAGUAUUGACGACUAAGAUACCUCAGAAUCAAUGCAAACCAAACAACAUACCUAGUUGCACUAACCAUGCUUCAACGCUUACAUUACCAUUGCUUUUAGGUCUAUUUCUUGCUUCAUGCUUAGUAUCUUUGUUAGUGUAA